CACCCCCUCGCCUCGCCUUCUCCGCGCUUCUCGGUCCGGCCGGCGCGGUCGGCUCUGCUCGCUUCUGCCCGCCAUGAAGACGCGCUGCUCGGCUGCCGGCCGCCUCCUGGGCCCGCUCUUCUGCGGGCUCUUCUUCUUCGUCCUGCUGCUGCUCGACGGCUCGGCUGUCUUCCAGACCCAUGCUGUGGAUGUAGAAGUGAAAGAUGAAUCGAACAUGACAUGUCUCUUUGCAAAAUGGAUGACGAACUUCUCGGUGACGUAUGAAUCAAAUACAAAUGAAUAUAGAGAUAGUAUUUUUGAGUUCCCCGAAGACUUGGAGUACGCAGGAAGCAGUUGUGGCAAUGAGACCUCGGGCCCCGUGCUCGCCAUACAGUUUGGGGAAGGCCAUUCGUGGACGAUCCAGUUCUCCAAAACGGAAGACUUCUACCAAGGAAGCAUCUCUUUCACCUACAAUACCAACGACAAUGAAUUCUUUCCAGACGCAAAGAGGAAAGGACUUAUUACUGCCUCUGCCAGCUAUCCCCUGAAUCCCAUUGCGUUAAAUACAGUCUACAGCUGUAACCACCUCGACACUGUUGAAGUUGACAAUGUCACACAAGACUUCUGGAAUGUCACACUGCAGGCUUUUGUGUGGAAUGGCUCCUUAAGUCUAAAGAAUACUCGCUGUGAUCAAGAUAACCCUCCAACAACAGCGACAACUCCUCCAACGACAACAACUACGACCACGACCACCACAACUACGACUCCUCCUCCGACGACUACAACUCCUCCUCCGACGACGACGACGACGACCAUUACAACGGUUGCCACCACCACUGCCCGCACAACUCGGGCGCCCACGCCUCACCCCACCGUCCCGCCGGAAGAGCAGCCGGUCACAGGGAACUACACCAUCAGAAACGGCUCCGCGAUCUGCCUCCUGGCCAGCAUGGGGCUGCAGCUGAACAUCUCGCAAGCCAAGGUCCCUCUGAUCAUGAACAUCAACCCCAACACCACGGUGGCCACUGGUACCUGCGGCUCAGCAGAGGCCGUCCUCCGGCUGAACGACAGCAACAGCAUCCUGCUGGACUUUGUCUUUGUUGUUCCCAACACAAGCUUGGAAAGAUACUACUUGAAAGAGUUGAAUAUCACCGUCAUUCAGUCAUCAAAUGAGACACUGCAUUCCUCGGCAAACAGUCUCAACUACUGGGAGACCUCCUUGGGCAGUUCGUACAUGUGUGCGAAACACCAGACACUCUCAGUGACUGAAGCCUACUCAAUAAACACCUUUAAUGUGAGGAUGCAGCCGUUCCUUGUCAAAGACAACGACUUCUCCACAGCUGAAGACUGCAGCCCGGAGAUGGACAACUUCUUUGUGCCCCUUAUGAUGGCAGUAGCCCUGGCGGGGCUGGUGACUCUGGUUCUCAUGGCUUAUUUUGUGGGCCGUAAAAAGCGUCGCGGUGCUGGCUACGAACAGUUUUAAACGUGGGAGGCAGUGCGGGCUGAAGGCUUCCGGCUUUAACCCACCGAGCAGCAGUUUGCAUCUGUAGUGUGUUGUGUUUUUUGCACGUGUGUUUAAAAAGAGGUGGUGUGCUAUAUUCACCUGAAUCCAAGACUCCACCCCCGCCAAGUUUUUUGGUAUUAGAAAUUGGAGGUCGUCUUAAAUUUAGAGUCCUGUUCCUUUUGGGUAUAUGCAGGUAUAACCUGUAUUUAACCUCUGCCUUUUUAAGGCUGUUGUCCUUGAUUCGGGGAAAUAUGGUACCUGCUAGGCCAGACUCUCCCAAUCUUGGGUGCUGGGUUACAACUUCCAUCAUCCUCAACCACAAGAUGAUGGUUUUACAUUGAUAUCCCGCUUUUCCCUCCGAGGAGCUCGGAGCUUUGUACAUGGUUAUGUUUAUCCUCGCAACAACCCUGUGAGGUAGGUUAGGCUGAGAGAUCCAUGAGUGGCCCAGAGUCAAAAAUAAUGACAUCAAGAUCAUACGUGUGAAGUGCCUUUAAACACUUGUGCUAUACAGCUGCCAAGUAUUGUGCUAUUUAUGCCGAUUCACGGAGAAAAAAUAUUUGUGUAUAUAUAACGGACUACUCAGAAGUUUGGUUUGUUUUGAAUUGCAGCUAGCUAAGCCAAAUAUAUGCCUUCUUCUUUUUCAGAAAUGGGUUGCUGUAGUGAAGGGGUUGCCAACCUGUGCCUCUCCAGAUGUUACUGAUGUACCACUGCCACCAUCCCCAGCCCCAGUUCAUUGUGGCUGUGGAUGAUGGGAGUUGUAGUGCAGCACCAUCUGGAGCACAGGUUGGCGACCCGUGCUGUAGUAGCAAAAUACCAUGAGGGUACAGGCCACCUCAGAUGUGCUCCUUCUCCUGCACAAUUAAUGCAGGCAUCCCAAAAAACGAUCUUGGCAAAUUGGGAUGCAGCCCUUGUGAGCAGGUGUUGUACACAAAUGCAUACUGUGGCUUUCUCAGAAACAAGAGCUUAAAACUGUGUUUUGAAGUGAGUCUGCUAGCCGUGGGUACGAGGGAAGCUGGCAUAUGUGAACUGUGGUUUGUAUUACGUGGAAUUAGGGAAAGGGAGAGGGGAAAUCCACUCCAGAGGGACUGCAUACUCACAGGGGGAAAUUUGGUUUCUUUUGCAAGCCGCAAAAGCGGGUUGUGAUCAGAUGUGGAUCCGAUGCAUAAAACUCUAGAACUAAUUUUGGGAGCUGAUGGAGUGCUCUUAGGCUUUAUUCACACAGGCAGGAAACUGGGAUCACGUCAGCUCACUCCAUCUUCUGCAGAAAUGUUGCCUGUACCCCAUGUGCAGAGUCUUUGCCCCUGAUUUGAGGGCAGGGGAUGGGACGGAGGGUUAAAUAUUACAUAUUACUGGGCAUCAGCCAUUUAAACACAUCAAGGCUGGGAGUGUUUCCUUCCUCUGUGCCAGUUGAUUUUAUCCAUUUUUCUAAAUGUGUAACUAAAGUCAUCUUCAGGGUGCGAUCCUGUGCUCACUUGGGAUUUAGCCCCACAGAACACAGUGGGACUUGUUUCCGAGUGAACAGGCGUAAGAUUACACUGUCAACCUUUUUGUUAUUAGCCUGAACCUCUGAAGUGGAAUUUUGUACUCCCUGGCAUUAUGUGGCUAGGAUAUUUUCAGUUUGUUCUAAAGUUUGAACCACUACAAGUGCUCUGUCUUCAGUAAUACUGAUGUGUGUGUGCAUACAAUCACAUGUGUGGUUUCUGUCCUCUGGAUUUAUAGACGCUUCACCUUGGCUACCGCAAAACUGCCUUAAGAGCCCCUGGAGGGAGGGCAGAAAACCAGGGUAGAAAUGUAAACUUUUACUCAACUGCUUGGAUCACUGUUUCUGAAAGAGACCCUCAGUUCUGUGAGGUGAAUGUGCCUUGGGGGCCUUUUUCUGUACGAUAUGUGUUUAUGAAAAUAAACAGUAGGACACAA